AUGUCGACCCCCGCAUCGGGCGCGUUGGGUCUCCGCGCGCGCGUCGAUCGCGCUUUGGGGUCGAUGGAUGAUGGGACGAUGGGUCCACGGCGUCGACAUUAUCAUCAUCAUCAUCGUCGUCGUCAUCGCCGGGACGACGGCCGUGGACGACCGCGGGCGUCGCGAUCGGUGACGGUGAACGAAGGCGCGAGCGGGACGCGUGGGAAGAACGCGGAGGUGACGCGGUACGACGACGCGGAUAUCCCGCGAGGGGUGGGAAGCGCGACGAGGGAGGACUUGACGCGUUGGCUCGCCUCGAACGGGUUGCGCGCGCAAAAGAUGACGCUCGAGUCGAACCUGGCGGAGGGACGGGGGUUGGUGGCGACGGAGGAGAUCAAGCGGGGGGAGGCGCUCUUGGGGGUGGAUGCGUCGUGCUUGAUCACGGUGGAGCGGGCGAUCGCGGAGGCGAAGCUCGGACCGAGGCACGCGGAGCUGCAGGAGUGGAGCGUGUUGGCCACCUUUUUGGCGCAGCAAGCGAUGGCGUUGGAGAGCGGGAACGCCGGGACGUUCGGGGAGUACAUUCGUGCGCUUCCGAGACGCACGGGUAGUGUGUUGGACUGGCCCGAGGACGAGGUGGAGACACUCCUGAAGGGGUCGCCGUCUCGACUCGCCGCCGCGGAGCGACAGGAGAGCGUGAACGCCGCAAUCGCGGAGAUUCGCUCCUCCUUCCCGGACAUUACAGAGGGCGCACUUCGCUGGGCGUUCGACAUCUUGUUCAGUCGAUUGAUUCGUUUGGACGCCAUGGGGGGAGAGCUCGCCCUCGUGCCUUGGGCGGACAUGUUGAACCAUAAACCCGGGUGCGCGGCGUUCAUCGACCUCAACGGAAGCGCCGUGAAUCUCACCACGGAUCGAGCGUACGCUGCGGGUGAGCAGGUGUGGGCCUCAUACGGCCAGCGUCCGUCGAGUGAGUUGCUCAUCUCGUACGGUUUCGCCCCAGAGGUUGGGGAAAACCCCGAUGACGAGUACUCGCUCACGCUCGGCGUCGACGUCAACGACCCGUACGCCCAAGCCAAGGCGGAUGUUCUCCGCCGUAUGGGACUCAGCCCCGUCGAGACGUUCCCUCUUCGGUUGAACGGGUACCCGCGGCAGUUGUUGCAGUACGCGUCGUUCAUCUUGUGCAAUCCGGAUAAACCGAGCGAGCUCGAGGGCUUGGCUCGCACGGCGUUCACGGGAAGCGCCAACUUUGGUCAGUCCAUCUUUGACUCCGUACGCGGGCUCGCUCAGGGGCAGGCGCGAGGGAAACAAGGGGUGAUCCUGGGUGGCGUCCCGGGUGAAAUUGCCGUUCGUGAGAUGCUCGCGGAUAUGUGCGCCGAGGCACUGAGCGCGUAUCCAAACUCUCUCGAGAAGGACAAGGGCAUCGCGGAGGGCCGCAUGCCCGAGUUUCCUGGCGCCGACGCCUGGACCGGUGUUGCACCAGCGGCGAUCAGAGCGACGCAGCGAUCCGUCUCCGCGGCGCGCGUGCGAGUGUCGGAACGACGUAUCUUGGCCAAAACGGACAGCGAGGUUCGCUUGCAGCUUCGAAAAUUGAAGCAAAAGUCUUUGAUGAGCGGUAUGUGA